AUGAUUCGGUUUACGAUUCUACGUAAUACUACGAUACCUUCGGUUUGUGCGAGAGGUAUAUGCUCGUUUACCCAGGCGCCCACUGGUAGCCAGAUCUGGUCUAGUACUUUGAACGGAGCCAUCACGAAUAAAAGAAAAACUUCCAUAGCGUCAAGAAGACAAGCUCAUGAUGGCAAGCAUUUUUUUACCACACCACAACAGCAGCAACAAAUAAAAUUCGGGGAAACACAAGAGGGAAAUCUUGAAAGUGUGAAGGAAGAGGAUUUGAAAAGUAUUGGCCAAGCUAUUGCACACCAACGAAACAAACGCCGAAAACAGAUAUGGUCAGCGAUAUUUGGAGGCGUAUUCGGUGUGAUAAUAGGAUAUUCGGUAAUCUAUAAAGUGAUAUAUUUGAAAGAGCAAAGUUUUAUACCGUUGUUUCCUUCGUCCAAAAUACGUAAAUUGAGUGCGAGGGAUCUAAAAAGGAUUGACGUAAAUCAAGUACAAAAUCUUUCAAAAGUAAGAGUAUUAGAGAAACUGUCCGGCCAUGACAUGAUAAAAGAACAAUACGGAGUGCCGCUAUUGGAUAAGGACGGUAACUCGCCCAGAUUAAACGAAUUCAGCAUGUGGUGCGAAGAUCAGGAUCCGUGCGUUACCGGUAUUGUGAUGGAGCCGGAUGACCAAAGGGAUAGCUCACACACCUGGUAUAGGAUACCCUUUGUUUGCAAAUGGAGGAUAACACACCGGCCUAUAAGUAUACAGCGGGCCGUUGAUAGUUUGCUGAACCGUAUCGGAUUGGAGACGGCGGAUUUAUUUGAAAUAAUAUCGCCUGAAAGAGUAUACGGAUCAUUCAAGUAUGAAUACCCGCUACAGGGAGACUCACAUGCAUUACACGUUUGGUUCCACGGCGAAAUCGAAUUGGAUGAUGAUUCGUUAAUUGUAUAUAAUGGGAAAUACCAUGUUGACGUUAAACUGCAGGAAAUUGACCUGUUCAGGCGUGAGAAGAACGGGCAGUUAGUGCAGUAUGUUUUGUUCAAAAACGACCCUGCCGGCAACAGGUGA